AUGAAGUUCUUCAUCGAUGAUCUGCCGAUUCUUUUCCCCUACCCUAGGAUAUAUCCUGAGCAGUAUGCCUAUAUGUGCGACCUCAAGAAGACUCUGGACGCGGGUGGUCACUGCGUCCUAGAGAUGCCUUCAGGAACAGGAAAGACGGUAUCGCUGCUCUCACUUAUUGUGGCCUAUCAACAACAUAACCCAGAGCAUCGCAAGCUCAUCUACUGCUCACGUACCAUGUCUGAGAUCGAAAAGGCCCUCGCAGAGUUGAAAGCUCUCAUGAAGUACCGCGCUCAAGAGCUUGGAGAGGAGGAAGAGUUCAGAGGCCUCGGGCUGACAAGUCGAAAGAACCUGUGUCUUCACCCGUCAGUCAAGCAGGAAAAGAGUGGUGCCAUCGUCGACGCUCGUUGCCGAAGCCUCACGGCUGGAUUUGUCAAGGAGAAAAAGGAUCGAGGCGAGAAUGUCGACCUAUGCGUUUACCAUGAUAACCUGGAUCUCCUCGAGCCGCACAAUCUCAUUCCAAACGGAGUUUGGACCUUUGAGGGCCUUCUGAGAUACGGCGAACAGCACAAGCAGUGUCCAUAUUUCACUGCAAGACGCAUGAUGCAAUUUUGCAACGUCAUCAUCUACUCUUACCACUAUUUACUUGAUCCCAAGAUCGCAGAGAGAGUAUCGAAAGAGCUCUCAAAAGACUGCAUCGUCGUCUUUGACGAAGCCCACAAUAUUGACAACGUCUGCAUCGAGUCCCUAAGCACAGAUAUCACCGAGGACUCUCUACGAAAAGCAACAAGGGGCGCACAGAACUUGGAGAAGAAGAUCUCGGAGAUGAGAGACACCGACCAGGAGCAGUUGCAGAAUGAAUACCAGAAGCUUGUGGAAGGGUUGCGGGAUGCCGACGAAGCGCGACAGGAGGACGCAUUCAUGGCCAACCCAGCCUUGCCAGACGACUUGCUGAAGGAGGCGGUACCAGGCAACAUCAGAAGGGCCGAACAUUUCGUGUCUUUUCUGAAGAGGUUCAUCGAGUAUCUCAAGACACGGAUGAAGGUCAGACACACCAUUUCAGAGACACCUCCGUCUUUCCUUGCUCAUUUGAGGGAGUACACCUUCAUUGAGAAGAAGCCUCUGCGAUUUUGUGCCGAACGGUUGACGUCCUUGGUGAGGACUCUCGAGCUCACGAAUAUUGAAGACUACCAGCCUUUGCAAGAGGUAGCUACCUUCGCGACGCUGGUAGCAACAUACGAGAAGGGGUUUCUCCUGAUCCUAGAACCAUUCGAGUCGGAGACAGCAGAGGUGCCAAACCCUGUCUUGCACUUCACUUGUUUGGACGCCGCAAUCGCAAUCCGACCCGUUUUUGACAGGUUCAGUUCUGUCAUCAUCACUUCAGGAACGAUCUCCCCUCUUGAGAUGUACCCGAAGAUGCUUGGCUUCUCGACCGUGGUACAGGAGUCAUACAGCAUGACGUUGGCGCGAAGGUCGUUCUUGCCCAUGAUUGUGACACGUGGAAGUGACCAAGCGAGUGUUUCCACGAGUUUCCAGGUCAGGAACGAGCCUAGCGUGGUGCGAAACUACGGCACGCUGCUAACCGAGUUUGCCAAAAUCACACCGGAUGGCAUGGUGGUUUUCUUCCCCUCCUAUCUUUACAUGGAGUCCAUCAUCAGCAUGUGGCAGGGAAUGAACAUCCUCGAAGAGGUCUGGAAGUACAAACUCAUCCUCGUCGAGACACCCGAUGCGCAGGAAACCUCGCUGGCGCUGGAAACGUACCGAACGGCGUGCUGCAACGGCCGCGGCGCCGUUCUCCUGUGUGUCGCUCGAGGCAAGGUCUCUGAGGGUAUCGAUUUCGACCACCAAUACGGCCGUACUGUGUUGUGCAUCGGCGUGCCAUUCCAGUACACUGAGUCCCGAAUCCUCAAGGCGAGACUCGAGUUCCUUCGCGAGACGUACCGCAUCCGUGAGAACGACUUCCUGUCAUUCGACGCCAUGCGACACGCUGCCCAGUGUCUGGGUCGUGUUUUGAGAGGCAAGGACGACUACGGUAUCAUGGUACUGGCCGACCGCAGAUUCCAAAAGAAGCGAGUGCAGCUGCCCAAAUGGAUCAACCAAGGUCUUCUCGACGCCGACACCAACCUCAGCACCGACAUGGCUGUGAGCAGCGCUCGCCGCUUCCUCAAGCAGAUGGCUCAACCGUUCCGGGCUAAGGACCAGGAGGGUGUGAGCACAUGGAGCUACAACGAUUUGAUGAAGCACAAGGAGAAGAUGGACAUGGAACGGAUCCAACAGCUUGAAGCUGCCGGGGUUGAUAGCAUGCAGUUGGGAGCUGACGAGGGCGACGAAUACGGCAUGGACGAUGACCUUGACCAGGACAUGAUGGAGAUCGACGAUGGAUUCUGA